CUGACAUCAUGCCGUCGUUCGACCCAACCAACGUGAACCUGGACACAGCCAGUGUUGAGGAAAUCUACUGCUACCUGCAGCUGUCGGAAAAUGAAUACAACGGACGACUCGGGGCGCGCAUCUCUUCCAUCUUCGUCAUUCUAGUGAGUUCGUCAGCAUUCACACUCUUCCCUGUAGUGGCAAGAAGAGUUCCGCGGUGGAAUAUCCCCUACCCGGUCUACCUCUUCGCUCGAUAUUUCGGCACCGGGGUCAUUGUUGCCACGGCCUUCAUCCACCUCUUGGACCCGGCAUACGAGGGAAUCGGCACAAACAGCUGCGUGGGUAUAUCAGGGCACUGGGCGGACUAUUCUUGGUGUGCCGCCAUUGUCCUGGGGUCGGUGAUAGUUAUCUUUCUGAUGGACGUGGCGUCCGAGGUGUACGUGGAGAGGACAUAUGGCGUGGAGAAGGAGCACGGCGCGACCGACCGAUUUCUAAUUCGAACUAGCUUGCUGCAGAGCGACAGCACGUCUGUGGAAAGCGAUACCCUCUCGGGGCCCAAGUGGCCCGAGCCCCCUGUGGAGGUAAGCUCCUUCGGAUCCGAACGGUCAUUCCGAAAGGACAUCGCGGCCUUUCUCAUCCUGGAAUUUGGCAUCAUCUUCCACUCCGUCAUCAUCGGACUGAAUCUGGGAGUUACCGGCGAUGAGUUCACGACUCUGUACCCGGUGUUGGUCUUUCAUCAAGCGUUUGAGGGCCUGGGCAUCGGGGCGCAAAUGUCUGCCCUCCACUUUGGCCCACGCCGGUGGCUGCCCUGGGUGCUCUGCAUGGCAUAUGGCCUCACCACACCGGUCUCGAUCGGGAUCGGGCUGGGGGUGCGCACCACGUAUAACUCGGGGUCCAAGACGGCAACGAUCGUGCAGGGGGUGUUGAACGCCAUCUCUGCGGGGGUUCUGAUCUACAGCGGGCUGGUGGAGCUGUUGGCGCGCGACUUUCUGUUUAACCCGGACCGGACCAAGCGGCGGGCGCACCUGCUGGGGAUGCUGUGCUGCGUGUUGCUGGGGGUAGGCGUCAUGGCGCUGCUGGGGAAAUGGGCCUAGAGGGUAUGAUGUCGGGUGUAGAACCAUCAUUUCAUGAUUUUACCAUGUUUCCAGUUUCACAGGUCACAGAGGAGGGCUCAAGGGACCUUGGGGGUUGACCGGCUACGGCCGAGCAAAUACCCGGAAGAUGUGUUUUUGCAAUACGGGCCUCAGCCCUGCCGUGCGUUGUUACCACCUGGCAGGAGGCGUGGCUUAGCCCUGCAUCUGCAAGGCAGCAGCUACUA